CCGGACGUUAGCAUUUUAUGAUCCUUCCUUGAGUGCGGUGUUGGCUUGUAAUGUCGUCGUUCCAGAUACUAUUUUAGACUUGAAGGUGUUUGUUAAUUUGCAAAAAAUAGUAUCUAUAAUUAACGUUUGUUUAGUUUUUAACAUAAUUGUGAAUUCUGAAUUGUAGCUGUCAGAAUGGGAAGCAGAAUUUACAUCGGGAGACUCAAUUACCAAGCACGUGAGAAAGAUGUAGAGAGGUUUUUCAAAGGAUAUGGCAGAAUUAGAGAAAUCAACUUAAAAAAUGGUUUUGGCUUUGUGGAAUUUGAUGAUUACCGUGAUGCAGAUGAUGCGGUCUAUGAAUUGAAUGGCAGGGAACUUUGUAACGACAAGGUCAUUAUUGAACAUGCAAGAGGUCCAGGUAGACGUGAUGACCAUCAUCGUGGUGGUGGUGGUGGUGGAGGAGGUGGUGGAUACAGCUACGGCCCACCAAGACGAAGUCGGGGAGGAAUGGACAAAUAUGGUCCGCCAGUUAGAACUGAAUUCCGAGUCAUAGUAGAAAACCUUUCCAGUCGUGUCAGUUGGCAGGACCUGAAAGAUUACAUGAGGCAGGCUGGAGAGGUUACAUUUGCUGAUGCUCAUAAGCAACAUAAGAAUGAAGGAAUUGUUGAAUUUGCCACCCUCUCGGACAUGAGGAAUGCAAUUUCAAAACUGGAUGACUCUGAGAUCAACGGACGACGUAUUAGGAUUGUGGAAGAUCGACCACGCAAGAGCCACAGGAGCAGAAGUCCAUCUCGCAGCCAGUCAAGAUCUAGAUCUCGCAGCCGCUCCAGACACUCAAGAUCAAAGAGCCGCUCCAAGAGCAGAAGCCGAUCAAGAAGCAAAAGCCGUAGUCGCAGCCGAAGCAAGUCGCCAUGUGGGAGCAAAUCACCCCGCCAGAAGGACAGAAGUAAAUCGCGUUCGCGAUCACGAUCUAAGUCUAGGUCAGCUAGCCCUAAGAAGGAUGACUAAUUUUGUUUGUAUGUGUAUGUUCUACAUAACUCCAUGAUACAUAACUUGUGUCGCUAUCCUUGCAAGUACAUAAUUCCAUGAUACAUAACUCGUGUCAUUCUCCUUGCAAGUACGCAACUCCUUGAUACAUAACUCAUGUCACUAUCCUUGCAAUAAUAAUUUUGAACACUAAUCAAAAUAUCCAAAGUCUAUAAAUUAACACAAAAUCAUGCAAAUUAUACUCCGUAUACUAAAAACACAGUGACUUCAAAAUGGAAGAACAUUGAUAUGCUUGAAUUAACGUAAUAUGGAAAAAUAGCUGUUGAAUCUGCUCUGUACAUAUUGAAAGAAAGUUUAAAUGGACUAUAAUUCCAACUUUCCUAGGAACAGUUUGUGUUUCUGUAAUGUAAUUGAUAUUCAGUAGAUUUUAGUAUUGUUGGUGGUGGCUACACAGCCCUCAAUACAUGCAUACAUUGAUAGGGUAAGGUACUGUAACCCAGGCAGUUGAUUUAAUCAUUAAGAUUAAUAACUUCUUGAUUAACAUCGUCUUGAUAUAUUUUUUGUCUGAACAUUAGAUUGUCCUUUUAUAUUACCUUUUUUUUUUUUUUUCAAAAUGUAUUUUUAGUUGAUGGCAUAGAUUAUGCACCUUUCAGUAGUUUCCUUCUUGCAUGCUGACAAGGUACAUUGGUAGGUUUUUGAUGUAUGUGGAAAAUAAAGUGUUCUCUUUUGGUAUGGAGAA